GCUCGUUCUCUCUGCGAGUUUUAGUUAUCAAAACCUACACACUGCAAUUACAUAUGACGAAUCUUUGAUAAUUUGAGGUCAAUUUGAUUCGAUCAUUUGAUUAAUCUAGGGUUUUGGACGUUGCUACAUAUAUAAUUUAUGCUCCGAAAUACGUUUCAAUGACCGGUGAAUUACAGCUGGAGCCGUCGGCUGAUCGAAACCCUACCGAUUCCGAUCCUCUGUUAGACAGCCACCAUGUUGACACAUCAUCUUCCUCGGCUAGUUCGAGUGAGAUAAAGAAUGAUGAUGAUAUUGAAGCUAAUUCCCUCGCUUGCUGCAGAAUUUGCCUCGAAUGCGAUGGUGAAGAUGAUGAUGAAUUGAUAUCUCCAUGCAUGUGCAAAGGCACUCAGCAAUUUGUGCAUCGCUCGUGUCUUGAUCACUGGCGGUCUGUUAAGGAAGGAUUUGCUUUUUCGCACUGCACAACUUGCAAAGCUCAAUUUCAUCUUCGGAUAGCAGAAUUUGAGGACAAUUCUUGGCGCAAAAUAAAAUUCAGAAUCUUUGUGGCUAGGGAUGUGUUUCUUGUAUUUUUUGCUGUACAAACUGUAAUUGCUUUGAUUGGUGGAAUUGCAUACGUCAUGGACAAGGAUGGAACUUUCAGGAAUUCAUUUAAUGACAGUUGGGAUCGUAUACUAUCGAAGCAUCCCAUACCAUUCUACUAUUGUAUAGGAGCUCUUGCCUUCUUUGUGCUGCUUGGCUUUUUUGGGCUCAUACUACAUUGCUCCUCCCUUAAUACAAGUGACCCACGCAUGGCUGGGUGUCAGAACUGCUGUUAUGGGUGGGGCAUAUUGGAUUGCUUUCCUGCAUCAAUGGAAGCAUGCUUUGCCCUGGUCAUUGUUUUUAUUGUUAUCUUUGCAAUCCUAGGCAUUGCCUAUGGUUUCCUUGCUACCACCAUGGCCAUCCAAAGGAUCUGGCAAAGACACUACCAUAUUCUUACGAAGAGGGAACUCACACAGGAGUACAUAGUGGAGGAUCUUCAUGGAUGUUACGCACCUCCAAAACUGAUACCAGAACAUGAAGAGCGUCUGAAAAUGCUUAAUCUUCUGUAGGGAGGACUGAAAUGGUGGGUUCAAAAGAUGUCUUCCAAUUGUUUUGAAUUUUUGGUCAAGAUUAAAGAAUCUAGAAAGUAUAUAUAUGUUGCUAAGCGAGUUUCUUCCUAUUGAAUUAGAAAGGUAGCCUGGAGUAUAUGUUUUCACGUGUUCUUGUGUUUAGUGUAGGGUCUACCUUGCCUACGCUAAAACUUUGCAGAAAUUUGAAAACAGCCCUAAAUACCUAUAUGUGGCUUUAUGUGUGUUUCUGUGUGCUCUUUCAAGCGGAAGGACAGGCUUGAAACUUACUGACUGCUUACUUUGCUCUGGUGGGGGAGCUUCCUGAUCGUGCAAAUGUAUUGUAUGUAUUAGCAAAGAGACUGUAUUGGUUUUCUUUAAUUUUCUAUUUUCUUCGUUACCGUUGACCUUCUGGGUGGUGCCAUGCUGUUUGAUUUCACCAUGCAUGAUAGUCUCUGUUGUAUGUCUCCGGCUCAACUAAAGUAGGAAGGCUCUUCUGUUUUGGACCAUCCAUGAAUAUUGAACUGUUCUUCAAUGUAUAUCUAUUCUCCUUGCAGUGAUACUAUAAUAUACUUGCGUGUGUUUGUGCGUAAAUGUGAUGUCCGGUAAUCUUUGAGAUGGAAUUACUUCUAAUAUUCUUGAUUUGUUCUACUAUUCUUUUUUUUUUUUUU